GCAACCGAAGUAUUCAACCGCUUCGGCGAGGAUGCAGAUUCAAAACUCCAAGUGAAGCAAAUCACUCUUCCAGAUCUUAGCGGACCUAUGCAGCUGGGACGUCGAGAACCAUUUUCGCUAUUCAUUCCUGCGCAUCGAAAAAUUGCUGCUCAACUUAUAGACAUUUUCAUGGGAAUGAGGACAUACGAGGAUUUCUUAUCCGUUGCUGUUUACUGCCGUGAUCGUUUGAAUCCGAAUAUGUUCAUUUACGCACUUUCUGUAGCAAUAUUACAUCGUCCUGAUACAAAGGAUCUACCGGUACCACCGUUGACCGAGAUAUUUCCAGAUAAAUACCUCGAUGGUGCUAUUUUUUCGAGAGCUAGAGAGGAAGCCAAUGUUGUUCCCGCUGGUUCAAGGAUACCAAUCGACAUCCCAAGAGAUUACACCGCAUCGGAUCUCGAUAUGGAACAUCGUGUCGCGUACUGGAGGGAAGACAUUGGGAUCAAUCUCCAUCACUGGCACUGGCACUUGGUCUACCCAUUCGAAGGACAGAGAGUAAUUGUAAACAAAGAUCGACGUGGAGAGCUAUUUUACUACAUGCAUGAGCAAAUUAUGGCUAGAUACAACUGUGAACGUUUGUGCAAUCGACUGGGACGUGUAAAGCGCUUCGUCGAUUGGCGCGAGCCAAUCCCUGAGGGUUACUUCCCAAAAUUAGAUUCCAUAGUUGCUGGACGUACAUGGCCAGCUCGUCCAAGUGGCGCUGUUCUCAAGGAUAUCGAUCGACCAGUGGAUCAAUUGGAUUUCGACAUUCAGGAUUUGGAAAGAUGGAGGGAUCGUAUUUAUGAGACGAUUCAUACAGGAUCUGUAAUCAACACGAGAGGGGAAAGGAUACCGUUAACAGAAAAGGAUGGAAUCGACAUACUAGGAAAUAUAAUGGAGGCCAGCAUCCUGUCUCCUAAUCCAAACGUUUACGGCGACCUUCAUAACUUAGGUCACGUUGCUAUUUCUUAUUGUCACGAUCCAGAUCAUCGUUACUUGGAGAGGUUUGGUAUCAUGGGUGAUUCUGCGACUGCUAUGAGAGAUCCAAUAUUCUAUAGAUGGCAUGCUUUUGUUGACGAUGUUUUCCAAGAAUAUAAAAAUACUCUGCCUGACUACAGCGUGCAACAGUUGGACUUUCCGGGCAUUGAAAUAGGGGAUGUCAGAUUGACAACAAAUCAACAGCGCAACGUAUUGAACACUUUCUGGACCCAGAGCGUCGUCGAUCUGUCUCGUGGACUUGAUUUCACGCCACGUGGCCCAGUGCUUGCUAGAUUCACUCAUUUGAACCAUGCCGACUUUACGUAUACAAUUGUUGUCAACAAUCGCAACAGUGCGGUACGAAGAGGCACUGUCCGUAUUUUCAUUGCUCCUAGGGAAGACGAGCGUGGACUUCCUUUUAUGUUUAAACAACAAAAGAAUUUGAUGAUCGAAAUGGACAAAUUCACCGUGUCGCUUCGUCCAGGACAAAAUACAAUUGAACGCAAGUCAACGGAAUCCUCUGUAACUAUACCAUUCGAGAGAACCUUCCGGAAUUUAGACGACAGUAGACCGAUUAGUGGUGAUUCUCUGGAGCAAUUCAAUUUCUGUGGAUGUGGUUGGCCGCAUCACAUGUUAGUACCUAAAGGAAACAAGGAAGGCUACCCGAUGGAUCUUUUUGUUAUGGUCUCUGAUUACAAUAACGACGCUGUUCAACAAGACGAGUCGUCCUCUUGUAAGGAUGCCGUGAGCUACUGCGGGUUGAGAGAUAAAAAAUACCCAGAUGCUCGAUCCAUGGGAUUCCCUUUCGACCGUCAACCCCGUGCAGGUGUUGAAACUCUGGCACAGUUUCUCACUGGAAAUAUGGCAGUCACGGAAAUCAGCGUCAGAUUUACGGAUAACGUUGUGCCUAGAUCUAGAUCUGGAAGCAUGGGAAAUACGUUACUAUUUUCUUAAAUUGUGCUCGUGGAUUACACAUAUUCAUCAUCUUAUGUUACGUAUUUAUCAAGGAAUUUUAUCAGGGCCCUUUUAUGCAACGAUAACAUUUAGCUUUCUUAAAAUUUCAAUUAUUAUAGAUUAAGAAAGGAGAUGGAGUCGUGACAGUUAAAUAAUGUAAAAGAAAAUAGAUUAUAUAUAUAUGCAAUAAAAGAAAAAUAAAAAAUAUUUGGUGGGAACUAUUGUCACUAUUAACUUGAGCGUUUUACCACCGAUGGCGCCACUAAAUGAUUCUAAGGAACCAGUGGCGCCAUCUUACAGAAAUGGUGGGAACUAUUGUCACUAUAAACUUGAGCGUUUUGCCACCGAUGGCGCCACUGCUGCUACUAAAACCCGCUCACUGAGCGGCUUAGUGAACGGUGACCUUCCUGGAUCAAGCUCUUGUGGAAGGAUAAAAAAAAAUGUACAGCCUGUAACUUACAGGUGCCAACAACGCCAGAGAGAAAUGGCUAGAGUCUUACGAAAGGAGGAAGUUAGAAGAGAGUGGUGCGUAGGAAAGACAAGGAUAAAGCAAUUUGUGACGUCACGCUUGGUUGAACGCGUGAGCCUUCCCUGGCGAGUGGCAACCCUGUUCACCACACUUUGCUGGUGUUGCUUCUAAUUCCCUUCUAAUGCGCACUGUUUUUUCCGUCAGAAGAAUAUCUAAUACGAGCUUAAUAAAACUGGCGUCCUUAGUUAUCCUAAAGAAUGAUAUAAUACAAGUACAAAUGAAUUGAAACCACGCAUGGUUUCCUAUAGCUGCAAUACCAUACAUACAGUACUGCGCGCUCAGCUUUCUCCACUGCGCAUGCGGGAGCUGGAAGCAACACUAGUAGUGGUAUCACAAAUCUGUUUCCAAGGGAACCGAAUAAACAAAAAAACUUCUUUGUUACUUCCCAUUAAUAAUAUUCCCCGAAAAUAAUUAUAAAUAAAGAGACGACAUGGUUAAUUUCUUUGGAAACGAAGGUCGUAUUUCGUGGCAAGAUAAUUAUGCGUAAAUAAAGCAUCUUUGUAUCGCUUACAGUA